AUGUCUAUGAAGAACCAGACGUGGGUCAGUGAGAUUGUCCUCUUGGGAUUCGAGAAUCUCCACAACUUCAAGGUUCCCCUGUUCUCUCUGUUCCUUCUGAUUUAUAUUCUGACAGUUUGGGAGAACGUCCUCAUCAUAGUGUUGGUGGCCUUCAGCCGGAACCUCCACUCCCCCAUGUACUUCUUUCUCCAGCAGCUGUCCAUAUGUGACUUUCUGGAAUCCACAAAUAUUGUACCUACCCUGCUCCAAACUAUAAUUUAUGAUAAAAUCAUGUUGCCCUUUGUCGGCUGUAUGAUACAAUUUGCUUUUUUUUCUGCAACUGAAGCCUUUGAGUGUUUACUCCUAGCAGUAAUGGCCUAUGACAGAUACGUGGCCAUCUGCAUCCCCCUGAGAUACACUUCUAUAAUGUCCCACAGGGUUUGUGUUACAUUCAUUCUUGCGUCCUGGAUCCUUGGCCUCAUUUGUCCAUUACUUCUUGCCAACAUCAUGGGGACACUACAAUUCUGUGACCAAAAUACCAUUAACCAUUUCUUCUGUGAUUUCUUUCCUCUACUAGAGCUUUCCUGCUCAGAUACCUUUGUCAUGCAGAUAACAAUUACCUUACAGUCUAUUCCUGUGGUUUUUCUUCCCAUUAUACUCAUUGCUGUAUCAUAUAUGUGUAUUGCCCAUGCAAUCCUAAAGAUAGUGUCCCAUACCGGGAGGCAAAAAGCCUUCUCCACCUGCAGCUCCCACUUGGCUGUGGUCUCCAUGUUCUAUGGGACUCUCAUUGCUUUUUAUUUAGUUCCCCCCCAAAAAGAAUCACAGACCACAAGUAAAGUUCUCUCUCUGUUAUACACAGUAGUGACCCCAUUUGUUAACCCACUUAUCUACAGCCUGAGAAGUAAAGAUAUCAGAGAAUCCCUAUACCACUUGAGGGGCAGAUUUACUAAAAUUCUCUAA